AUGUCGUACGCGCAUAAUACUCCAGUUCUCAUCCUUAAGGAAGAAACCGACACCAGGUUUGGCAAAAACCAGAUAAUAAGGAAUAUAGAGAUGUGUGAGAAAAUAGCAGACAUUCUUAAGACAACCCUAGGACCAAACGGGCUAGAUAAGAUGUUCUUUAAUGAGAAAAGCAUGCUAAUAACAAAUGAUGGUGCCACAAUAAUGAAGAGUCUAGAGAUAGUGGACCCAGCAGCACAGGUAUUGCUGAAUAUAUCCGAGGCGCAGGAUAGAGACAUAGGAGAUGGCACUACAAGUGUGGUCUUAUUUGCCUCAGCAAUUCUUAAGAAGCUUAAGCCACUGAUCAAGGAGAACACGAAUAUAUGCUUGAUAAUAAAUGAGCUAACCCGGAUAGCCCAGCUGAUCCCGUCAAUCUCAAAGGAUUUGCUUGCCAACUUCAGCCAUGACUCCCUGCAGAUGCUGGCAGAGACAAGCUUAAACUCAAAGAUACUGAACAACCACAAGAGGCACUUUAGUAAGAUAGUGCUGGAGACUUUGUCAACAGAAGACAAAAACAUUUCGAUAAAGAAAGUAAGCGGGGCCUCAAUUGACAGCAGUUUUAUCAUAAAUGGAGUGGCCUUUGAGAAGUGCUUCACAUACGCAGGGUAUGAACAGCAGCCAAAGAGGAUUGCGAACCCAAAGAUUGCUCUGCUGAAGAUGGAGUUGGAAUGGAAAAGUGAAAUAGAGAAUAGCGAGAUGCGUAUAUCUGGGGCCUCAGAGUAUUCCAAGGUGGUUUCAACUGAGUGGAAAUUAAUCACAGACAGAUUGGACAAGAUAAUUGAAUCUGGCGCAAAUGUAGUUCUAAGUACGCUGUCAAUUGGCGAUUAUGCAACGCAGUACUUCGCAAAGUAUGGAAUAUUUUCAGCUGGAAGAGUGCCAGAGGAUGAAAUAGCCCGAAUGACAAACUCCUUUGGAGGGCGUGUUCUCAGCACAGUCUCCUUAAUAAGUGAGAAGACUUUGGGAAAGGCUGUAUUGUUUGAAGAGAAGGAAAUUGGACGCACCCGAUACAAUAUAUUCCAUAACAGCAAUAAGAACAGCAGCACAAUCAUUCUGCGGGGGCCAGGCAUGGAAAUAUUAGCAGAGGUAGAGAGAAGUCUGAAUGACUCAAUGGCUGUCACCAGAAGAACCGCCCUAACUAAGGAAAUCGUCCCAGGAGGAGGCGCAUACGAGAUGGAGGUAAGCAGAAGGCUAAGGCAGAUGGCCAGUGACUCCAAUAAGACAGAAAGAUUCGUUAUAAAGGCAGUUUCAGAGGCAUUUGAAGUGAUUCCCUUCCAACUAGCAAAGAACUUUGGGCACGAUGCUAUAAACACAGUGCAGGUCCUAAGGAAGGCGCAUGAAGAGGGUCUGAUUAAUUAUGGUGUAUCUGAGGGAGGAGUAGAAGACUCUUUAUCUGCAUAUGUUGUAGAGCCGUACGAAGUUAAAAGGCACAUGGGAGUAGCUGCACUUAUGGCAGCAGCAAGCAUCCUUUCAAUUGAUGCCACAAUCGUCUCUGGGAAACAGUAA